AUGUCGGAAGAGAUCAAAUUCGAGGGCUGGUGCGGCCUGGACGCCGACUCCGCAAAGGGAAACAUGAAAUGGCAAACCUACGAAGCCAAGACAUGGGAGGAGACGGACAUUGACAUUGAAAUCUCCCACUGCGGAGUCUGUGGAAGUGAUCUCCACACUYUACGCGACGGAUGGGGCGAGGUUCCUCGUCCAUCGGUCGUCGGACAUGAAAUCGUCGGCAAGGCCAUCCGAGUCGGCAAGAAUGUCAAAAAGGGCAUCAAGGAAGGUGACCGAGUCGGAGUGGGUGCCCAGGUCAAGGCAUGCCUCAAACCCGACUGUGAGAUGUGCUCGGCGGGGAUUGAGAACCAUUGCCAGAAUGAGUUUGUCCAAGCGUAUGGGAUGAAGUAUCCGGAUGGGAAGAUUGCACAGGGUGGAUAUGCGAAGUACUGGAGAGGGAACAGUCACUUUGUCUUCCCAAUUCCCGACGAAAUUCCCUCGAGUCAAUGUGCGCCCAUGUUAUGCGGGGGCGUGACGACCUACGCGCCGUUGAAGAGGCAUGGCUGCGGACCCGGCAAGAAGGUCGGUGUAGUGGGAAUUGGUGGACUCGGUCACUUUGCCCUCUUAUGGGCAAAGGCACUCGGAGCCGACAAAGUGGUCGCCAUUUCCCGCAGCCGUAGCAAGGAGGAAGACGCACGAAAACUCGGAGCCGACGAAUUCAUAGCCACGGAUGAGGAAGGGUGGGAAUCGAAGAACGCCGGCUCGCUGGAUAUUGUCAUCUCGACGGUCUCCUCGCCCAAGAUGCCCAUGCAGGGCUACCUCGGUCUGAUGGCUUUCCGAGGCGUCUUCGUACAGCUAGGACUGCCUGAAGACCCUCUUCCUGCUUUUGCUGCUGCGGCGCUUAUUAUGAAAGAGGUCAAACUUACUGGCAGCUUGGUCGGUUCUCCCGGCGAAAUCGAGGAGAUGUUGCAGUUGGCUGCGGAGAAGAAGGUCCAGGCGUGGAUUCAGGAGCGGCCGAUGAAGGAUGCCAACCAGACGCUCAAGGACUYCGAGGCUGGGAAGCCACGGUAUAGAUAUUGUUUGGUCAAUUAG